UGGCCACGGCGCUCGCCGCCGUCGCCGCCGACGGCGUCAAGCUCGUCAACAUCGGGAAUAUUGACAUCGUAAAUGGAAACCUGAAACUGAUUCUCGGAUUGAUAUGGUCACUCAUCGUCCGUUAUCAGAUUGGCCGCUCCAAAUUCCCACCAAAGAAACUCAUGCUGGCUUGGUUGAAGGCAGUGCUCCCAGAGUGCAGGAUAAGCAACUUCACCACAGACUGGAAUUCAGGAAUCUACCUCAGUGCUCUUCUGGAUUAUUGCAAACCAGGACUGUUUCCACACUGGAGGAGCUUAAACCCAAGAGACAGCAUUGAAAACUGCCGUAAUGCUAUGGAGAUAGCAAGAAGAGAGUUCCAGAUACCAAUGGUCCUUGAACCAGAAUAUUUAGCUUCUCCUUUCCUUGAUGAACUGUCAGGUAUGACGUAUUUGUCAUAUUUCAUGAAAGAGGACAGUCCAGGAUAUCAUGCUACCCUGCGAUGGGUGAACAGUCAAGUACCUGAACUUAACGUGCGGAAUUUCACUAGAGACUGGAAUGAUGGAACUGUACUCUGCUCCAUAGUGAGGUCACUGGGUGGUCCUGUGCCAGGAUAUGAGACAAUGUCAACAGAUCCCAGCUCUUGGGAGAAUAAUCUCAGCAAAGGGAUUAGAGGUGGCGAGAAACUUGGUGUGGAACCAAUUCUGAAAGCAAAGGAUAUGUGUGACAGAAAUGUUGAGCAUCUGGGAAUAAUGGCAUAUGCUGCAAAUUUUCAAUGGAUUAAACCACGCCAAAAACCAGGAGAUCGUGUCUCAGUUUUGUGUGAUCAUAACACUACCCGUGUUAACAAAGCAUUGCAUUUCAAACUUGACUUCCUGUCAACUGAUGUGAACCCAAAGGAAGUGACAGCAGAAGUGUUGGGCCCUUCCGGGAAAGUGGAAUGCAGACUGACACUGAAUCCAAAUGGUGGGAAAGGCACAUUUGUACCUACUGAAGUAGGAAUGCAUAAGCUGAUUGUAUACAAUGAAGGUGAAGUUGUCAGAGGUUGCCCCAUAAACAUCCGAGCUGCUCCAGAACUUACCAAGAUUUCAUUCCCAGGAAUGGACCCGUGUGCUAUAGGUUCUAUAGUGGAAGUUCUGAUAAAUUCAAAUGGAGCUAGCAGUAGGGAAAUAGACGUUUUAGCCCGAUCUCCCACUGGCCGUAGCUUGGAUUGUCCAGUGCAGGAAAAUGAUGGUGUGUAUACGGCGACAUUUCAGCCGGAUGAAGCAGGAGAGUGGAGCAUUGCUGUGACCCAUGGUGGAGAGCAUAUCCAAGGAGGACCAUUCACAUGCUUUGUGUUUGAUCCAAAUGCUGUGAAGCUCCAUGGGCUCGAGGGAGCUAAUCCUGGUCAACCAUUCAGUUUUACUGUGGAUGCUACCCGCACUGGAGGUCUUGGAAAUAUCUGCUUGGAUAUAGUGUCAGGUGGUCGGUCUGUACCACAUAGAAUUGAAAACCUUGGAAAUUCUAUCUACAGAGUUUCAUUUGUACCACAACAAGCUGGCAAGCAUCGAAUAUAUGUUUAUUUCAAUGGAAUAGAUGUUAAAGGAUCUCCAUUUACUUUGCGUGUUGGAAGUCAGAGAUCAAGAGACAAAUCUAUUUCUCCAACUGUGCACCACCAUAGUUCCAAUGUACAGCAAGACUCCUGGAAAGAACGAAGUAUUCGACAUGAUGAAAGAGAGCACAGUCAGUCACCAAAGUUGUCAUCCCCAUACGUCAAAAUCACCCCUCCAACUCCUUCUGUUCGACCAACAGCAGACAGUUACUUUUCGACUGAACUCGGCUUCAGUUCUCUUGAUCAUCGCCUGAACCGUACACACAUUUCUGAAGAACGUAUAAGUUCUCCCUCACGAGGCCCAGCUAACGGAAGAGGGCCCAGCCCAGUAAUACAGAAUUCUCCAAGUCCUAUUGGAGGGGCUUUGCACCAUGACCGAGAAAAGAGCAGUCCAAACCACAGCAGUCCCACUGCAUUUAAUAAACCAGGAUUCAGUCCGAUAUAUAAACCGGGAACUACAUCAAGUCCCACUUUCAAUAAGAUCGCUUCAAACAGCCCUAUCCAUAGCCCAACACACUUCAAAAGUAGUUCACGGCAAAGUCCGCAAGCAUUCAAAAGCCCUAUACACAGUCCAACUUUACAAUAUAAUGGUAAUAGUAACCAUUACGAAACUCAGAGUCGGCAUUUUGAAAGCAGCAACAGCAGAGUGAGGAGAGGAUCACUGGACUUGCUUGAUGACAAAGGAGUGGAUACAUCAUCUAAUGUGAGAGUUUCUGCAAUGCUUGGUGGGCUCAACCACAGAGCAGACUCUUGGGAUGCUAUUGCCAAAACAAAGUCCCUCCUGUCAUAUGGGAGCCUUGAGAGUCUGGCAAAUCUCGCAUCCAAAACUGAGAGCACAUCAAAUUUCCUCCAACAUGAGGGUAACCACACUACUUCCAUUCACCAUCCAGUUUCCAGUUCCGUUGAUGAACCUGAUGCAACCCACAGCCGUUUUAGAGUCGCUUCACCAUUUAGUGCUGAAACAUACAACAAUACUGUUAUCAACAGUCAGCGCACAUCAGGAGAUCUUCUAGCUGGUGGUAAUCGUAACUCACCAACAGGCCUGGGAAUUGUACAAGCUUUUGUAACUGGUGAUGCUCUAAAGCUGGUACCAGUCAACAGGCAGUCGUCUUUUGACAUGGAGUUACCAGAAAGUGGUGGAGACUUAGCUGAUGUCUCUGUCAACAUCACAUCACCUUCGAGACAUAGUAUUCCAGUUAAGUUGUUUAGAAGUGGCAGUCAUUUGACUGUUGAUUUUACACCAACUGAAAUAGGGGAACAUGUUAUUGAUAUACGAGUAAAAGAUUCGAGAGUUGUUGGAUCACCAUUCAGGACACAUGCCUACAAUGCACGAGCUAUUCAGGUUGGCAGAAUACCAAAUGGAGUCGUUGGACAGCCUGUGGAAUUUGAAAUUGAUGGCUCUGGAGCUGGGUCUGGCAACUUGGAGAUUCUAGUCAAUGGUGGCCACGUUACCAGCUUUGUCCGGAACUUGGGUAACCAACGUUUUCUGGCAUCAUUUGUGCCACAUGAAGCACUAAGUCAUAUGGUUGAGAUGAAAUUCAAUGGAGAAGUGGUCCCAGAUAGUUUCAUUAUUGUGUGAAAUGGAAUGCAAUAGGCAGAAGUGUGGAACGAGAGAGGUCGGGUCGAAC